AUGGACUUCCCAUUAUCAAAUCUCCUCAUUUUUCUUUUGCUUUUCGCAACCCGUGCCUCGCCGGAAUAUACCCGUCCGAGUCCCCGGCCGCUUAUUUUCCGGCAACACGACCAGCCAGAAUCCGACCCCCAGCAGGUGCACGUCUCGCUCGCUGGAAAGGAACAUAUACGAGUGUCGUGGAUCACUACCGACAAAAAAGUUCCGUCGGUGGUCGAUUACGGGACGUCGCUGGAGAAACUCGACGGCUCGGCUUCCGGCGAGAGCACUUCGUAUAGUUACUUCCUUUACCAAUCGGGUAAAAUUCACCACGUGAAAAUCGGGCCAUUGGAGCCGGGCACGACUUAUUACUACAGAUGCGGCGGUUACGGCCCUGUGCUCAGCUUCCGGACGCCGCGGGCGGAUUUUCCGGUGGAAUUCGCUGUCGCCGGUGACCUUGGACAAACAGAAUGGACUCAAUCAACUCUAUCCCACAUCGGUGCUAGGGACUAUGAUGUUCUACUUCUUCCCGGGGAUCUAUCCUAUGCGGACACACAACAGCCCUUAUGGGACUCAUUUGGCCGCCUGGUCCAGCCCUACGCCAGCGCUCGUCCGUGGAUGGUCACGCAAGGGAACCACGAGAUCGAAAUUUUCCCGAUCAUUCACCCGCACGGCUUCAAGGCUUACAAUGCUAGGUGGUUGAUGCCCUAUCGGGAAAGCGGGUCCACGUCGAACCUCUACUACUCGUUCGACGUGGCACGGGCCCACGUCAUCAUGCUCGGGUCUUACGCGGACUUCAAUUCUGAUUCAGAUCAAUACAAGUGGCUGCAGGCAGAUCUGGCGAGCAUCGACAGAGCCAUCACGCCUUGGGUUUUGGUGCUGGUUCACGUGCCAUGGUACAAUUCGAAUUCCGCGCAUAAGGGGGAGGGUGAAGGGAUGAGGAAAGCCAUGGAGCGAAUGGUGUACGAUGCGCGUGUGGACGUGGUGUUUGCAGGCCAUGUUCAUGCGUACGAACGAUUUACUAGGGUGUACGACAACAGGGCUAACGAAUGUGGUCCGGUGCAUGUUACCAUUGGGGAUGGAGGAAAUCGAGAAGGUCUAGCUAUGACGUUUGAAAGCCCUAGUCCUUCAAUCUCGGUUUACAAAGAAGCAAGUUUCGGGCACGGGCGACUGAGAGUGUUGAAUAGCACGCAUGCACAUUGGACGUGGCAUAGGAACGAGGAUGACAUGAGCUCGGUCGUAGCCGAUGAGAUUUGGUUAGAGAGAUUGGCCUCGUCAUCUGUUUGCAUGGAUGCCAGAAAGCCAUCGAAAAUUCUAAAUGAUGAACUAUGA